AUGCUAGCACCCCACCAGCACCAACCACAGGGCAGCAUGCUCGACUCAGCAGCAACAGAAGAAGGUGGUGAAUCCGGAAGCGAAUCUGCUGCCGAACCCGUCACUCCCACCAGCGGCCGUCAAUCACAAGACUUCACCCUCCAGAGCCAGGACCUUCAAGACCUACAGAGCAUACAGUCUUACCAGCCUGGUUCAGUUACAUCCUCGGGCGUUGGGCCUAUUGCAAUCCCCGGUGCCAACUCAGGAAACACAAACAAAGCAGCAUACCUGUCACAGUCUGCAAGCCGACCUCCCACCGCCUACGAGCCUACUACCCCAAGGGGUACAGAACCAGAGCCAGGUAGCUCAUUAACCCGUCAAUCGACUCGUGGAUCUAUCUCCACCGCGAGCUUCAAACGCACCAUGUCGAGCCUCUUCCGCCGAUCAAAUUCCCAAGCCAAGAACGACUUCACUCCUCCAGAAUCAACAACACCUUCGGUCGUAUCUGCACCCACCGAGCCCCAGACCAAUGGCCAGCCACGGGCUGCCGCUCGUCGUCGUUUCUCCAUGAACCGUUCCUCCGCCACUACUCGUUCCAACUCUCCCCCUUCACCCAGUGAUGGUGGUCUUGAAAUGGCUCCAGCGCACCGCGAACAUGCCUCUGACAAGUCUCUUCCCAACCGAGGCGACUUCAAGAAGAACCGUGCCUCAACUGGAUUUGCUUUCCGCAACCGGGCAAUCAACUUUGUUGGUGCAAACAACCAGACAGGAGGUCGACAUGAGCGUCCUGAAUACGCUCGCCGAGCUAGCAGCUAUGACGGCAGCCGCCCUAACACCCCUCUACCCCCACCCGCAGAAGGCGACGAGACUAUGUAUCCGCCUGAACGAAGUGUUUGGCCUCUUCCUCCUGACUCCGGCACUGGCGCCAAGGCUCGACGCAUGAGCUUGAGCCUGCCAGACGAUUUCGCUGUCGACAUUGCCGAGUUGCAGAACGAGUUCGAAUAUCAGCGCAAGUUCCUUGGCCGACAUGGAAAGCACCUUGGCAAGGGAGCUGCGUCCAAGGUCACCCUGAUGAUGCGCAAGGGCUCUCCAGAAGAGCUGUAUGCCGUCAAGGAGUUCCGUGGAAAAUCACACCGUGAGAGCCAGCAAGAUUACGAGAACAAGAUCAAGUCAGAAUUCAGCAUUGCGAAGAGCUUGCACCACCCCAAUAUCGUCGAGACCUUCCGCCUUUGCACUGACCAUGGGCGUUGGAACCACGUUAUGGAAUACUGCUCUGAAGGUGAUCUUUUCAGUCUUGUGCAAAAGGGUCACCUCAAGGGUGAUGACCGCAAGAAGGACCGUAUGUGUUUGUUCAAGCAGUUGAUUCAAGGUGUUCACUACUUGCAUGCCAACGGUAUUGCCCACCGCGAUAUCAAGCUUGAGAACCUUCUCAUCACCAAAGAUAGCAAGCUUAAGAUCACCGACUUUGGUGUGUCGGAAGUCUUCUGUGGCACCCACCCUGGCCUACGUGAAGCUGGCGGACAAUGCGGCCGUAACAUGAGCGGCGAGAUUCGCCUGUGCUCACCUGGUAUCUGUGGUAGCGAGCCUUAUAUCGCCCCUGAAGUCCUUGCCAAGGAAGAUUCAUACGAUCCUCGAGCUCUUGACGUAUGGAGCUCUGCGAUUGUCAUGAUUUACCUCACCUUUGGAGGUGCUAUCUGGUCCCGUGCCCAACCCGGUGAACUCCAUUACGAUAAGCUUGUUAAUGGCUGGAACAAAUGGUACACGAAGCACCCAGAAUGUGACGCGAGUAUUACCGAUACCGAUUACCCCAAGUGUUACGCCCUCGACAUCGGCAUUUCCCCGCCUGCUCUUCGUCGCCUUGUGCUACAAAUGCUGAACCCCGACCCCAAGAAGCGUAUCAGCAUCGACGGUGUUGUCAACAACCGCUGGCUGAAGAACGUUGAAUGCUGUCAGCUCGAAUCAUACGACGACCCAGCCCUACUUAUCGAUGCAACCAAGAAGGACAACACUAUCAACAGUAACAAGAAGAUCUUCUGCCACAACCAUCUGCCACCGAAGGGCACUGGUUCCCACUCGCUGGGCAAGAUGCCUGGCCAGGCGGGAUACUAG